AUGAAAGAAUUAGAAGUUAAUUCUGAUUAAGAUGCUAAAUAUUAAAUAAUGUUAUGUAAAAUAUCAUUAUAUAUAUUAGAUAAACAAAGACAAGAAUAAAUUUAAAAUGCUUCAAAAUUUGAAUUAGUUUUUAAUAAUAAUCUUUCAAAUUGUUAUGAGGAAUUAUCUCAUAUUUCUGAAUAGAAAUUAAAAUUAUUAGGGAAAGAUAAUGAUCCAUCUAAAGUUUAAUUUUUAAAAUUUGAGGAUCAAGUUUAAACUAAUUUUCAUGGAUAAUCAAAAUCUUUUACUUAAGAUCUUAAUUCACCUACUAAAAAAAAUCUUAAAUUUUUUAGUAAAUUAGAUCCUGUUGAAAUUGAAAAUUAAAUGAAUAGAAUGAAAGAAUUUAAAUAAGAGACUGAUAUUUUAAAAUUCUUUUCUUCAUUCAAUAAUCAAUAUGAUAAAGAAGUAUAGAUAUUUAUAUAUAUAUUUUAAAAGGUUAAUUAAUGUAAUUUAGAUUAUCCUACUGAAAAAGAUAGAUACUUUUCUAUGGAUUUUUAAAGAGGAUUCUUACCAAAAACAAUACAUAGACGCAAAAGGGCUAAGAAGAAAAGCACAAAAAUAGUUAUUAAUACUUAUAGAGUGGAUCCAAAGAAAUUAGAUUAAGUUUAAGCUUAAACAGAAAAAAUAAAGCAAGUUGGUUAAUUUUUAUUGUGA